AAGCCCCACUGCAUUUCCCUCAGAUUUUUGUUGUUUUUCCUCUUUUAUUUCACAAGAGCGCCUGCAAGAUCAAGACGAACGCAACCCCCACCUCCAAAUCAUCAUCUCCUGGCGUCAAACCCCAACACUACCCAAUCCCCAUCUCGGCCUUUCCUCUAAUCGCAAGGUGUCCUUUUCUUUCUGUCACAGAAAGCUUUUACUUCUCAGGAAAUCCAUCCACAAGCUCUGUAUUUUAGGGUUAUGCGAGUGGCGUUGUUUGUGCCCAUGUGAUCACUUUGCUUUUUGUUGGAUUCACUUGGUAAAAUGGAUUUAACGUCUUGAUCUGGGUUUGCUUGCUUCCAUUUGGGGGAUGGCAGCAGAGAAUGAUGUUGACUUGUCAACUUUGAAGUUUCAGCUAAGCCAAACACAUGAACUUUGGAAGCAGGAGAUGGAACAAAGCCAGUCCCGAGUGGAUAUCUUGCAAGCAAAACUAAUGGAGGUGAAGGCUUGUUUACAGGGGUCUGAGGAAGAUACAAAGCAGGAGUUGGAGGUUCUUUGGCGAAGAGUUAAAACUACGGCAACAUUGUUAACCUAUUUGAAAUCGAAGGCUCGAAUCAUGGCUAUUCCACAUUUAGCCCAUUCAUCGUGUGGCAUUGAACGAUUAGAAGGGGCAGGUUUCGUUGACAAAAAUGGUACACCCUUGGCUGGUUGGUCUAAGAAUAUUGAUCUUUCUCCAUACAAUGGUCCAGAAGAAGAAGCAUGGGUGGGAAUUAGCAGGCAACAUGGCUCGCUGGAUGCAAAAGAUGCUGCUUAUACUGGUGAAAUGCUAAAGUCUGUGCAGAUGGUUACAGAUGUGAUGGAGGCUCUUGUUAAAAGGGUUAUAAUAGCAGAAUCUGAAACUGCAAUUGAGAAGGAUAAGGUAACUUCAGGCCAGGAAGAAAUUAAAAAGAAGUCAGUCCAAAUUGAGAACAUGUCUUUAAAGUUAGAGGAGAUGGAACACUUUGCUCUGGGUACAAACAGCAUACUGAAUGAAAUGCGGCAGCGGGUUGAGGAUUUGGUUGAAGAAACAUCUAGACAAAGGCAGCGAGCUGCAGAAAAUGAACAGGAGCUUUGUCGUGUUAAGCGGGACUUUGAGUCUCUGAAAUCAUAUGUUAGCAGUCUCAUCACUGUAAGAGAAACACUUCUUUCAUCGGAGAAGCAGUUUCAAACUAUUGAGAGGCUGUUUGAACGGCUAGUUGCAAAGACAACACAGUUAGAGGGUGAGAAGAUGCAGAAAGAGGUGGAAGUUCAGAAACUUAUGGAAGAGAACGUGAAGUUGAGUGCUCUUCUGGACAAGAAAGAAGCACAACUUUUGGCCAUGAAUGAACAGUGCAAGGUAAUGGCCUUGAGUGCUUCAAAUAUCUAACUUUGUAGGUUGUCCUUGUUCGUCUGCCCGUUGGCUUGCUUUGCGAGGUGGUUUGGUUCUCCCAUCAGGUGAUCAUGGGCAAGGACUCAUGGGAACGAAUGGCACUGGAUCAGAGCUGUCUGAGAGCCUCGCUGUCAACUUUGCAAAAAGCCUUGAAGUUAAUAUCCAGUGAUCUAGUUUUAUUUUAUUGGUGCCGUGCGCCAUUGUUGAACUGAAUCCAGAAAGUAAAUUUGGAUUGGAAAGCAAACUUGGUGUUGUGUUCAUCGAGUAGCCAAGAUUGGAAGUUAUGCUGUAAAUGUUGUGAUGGCACUUUGUACUUCAACCUUGAUCCCAGUUGUUUGUUUCACAGUUAUUGAUAUUCAAGAUCAAGCUGCCACCUCCAAAA